AUGGCCUCCGGCCACUCAAACUCACUUGUCCGCGCCAGUCACGAUAUCACGUGUGAUAUUGCGAACCAGCAUUGGGAUGGUAACAUCAGGCGCGCUGAGCUGUGGCAGACCCGAUUUGAUUCGUGGAAGCAAUUUUUCUGCCUUCACGGCCCCUUUGAAAUUCAACCCUUUCUACAACCUUCUCUUUAUAACGGUACUGUUUAUCCUGUUGAGUAUGAUGCGUGGCUUGCUGUUGUUGUUUUCGAGGAUUGUAAAUGGCUGAGGAACAUUGAUCCUGCUGCACCUUUUGUUUUUGAGAUUUGGGUGUGGAAAGAAGCCGCCACGUGGUCUCAGGUGUUCACAGGGGAAAUCCGAAUGGCUGAGAUUUAG